UAGAUAAAUCCAGCGUCGAACCAAAGCAAAACGCCCUUUACCCUCUUCACCUCUCCCCCUAGGGUUUCUUCCUGCAACUAGGGUUUACCCUCUACACUUCACCUCACAACAAACACAAAUGGAACUCUCCAAGAAGCGAAAAACCGAAGAAAACGGCGUCGUUUCCACCGACACCACCGUCCCACCACCAUCCCUAACCCUCACCCCUCAAGACGCCCGCAAAAUCCUCGAACCCUUAACCAAAGACCACCUCUUAGACAUCCUCCAAACCGUCAUGCUCCGAGACGUCGCCGUUUUAGACGCCGUCCGCUCCAUCGCCGACGCUGACCCCACCCAACGCAAGCUCUUCAUCCGCGGCAUCGGCUGGGAAACCACCACCGAAAAACUCAAAACAAUCUUUUCAACAUACGGAGAAUUAGACGAGGCCAUAGUAAUCACCGAUAAAACAACGGGUAAAUCAAAGGGUUACGGUUUUGUUACGUUUAAACAUAUUGAUGGGGCGUAUUUAGCGUUGAAAGAGCCUAGUAAGAAAAUAGAUGGGAGGAUUACUGUGGCGCAGCUUGCGGCUGCUAGGGAUUUGGGGAAUGUGGAUGUGAGUAUGAGGAAGAUUUAUGUGGGGAAUGUGCCGUUUGAGAUUAGUUCGGAGCGGUUGUUGAGUCAUUUUUCGGCGUAUGGGGAGAUUGAGGAGGGGCCGUUGGGGUUCGAUAAGCAGAGUGGGAAGACCAAAGGGUUUGCGUUUUUUGUUUAUAAGACGGAGGAGGGGGCCAGGAAUUCGUUGGUGGAUCCGGUUAAGAGUAUUGAUGGGAAUCAGGUUUUGUGUAAGAUGGCGACCGAUGGGAAGAAGGGGAAGCCCGGUCCCGGUGGGAUGCAGGGUGUCGGUAUGGGCGGUGAUGGUGGUGCACCGCCUGUGCCCGGGUCGAUGAAUUCCGGAUAUGGAGGGCUACCGUCUUAUGGUGGGUAUUCCGCUGGGCGGCCAAUGCCACAUCAGAAUCCGCCGAUGAAUUCAUCAGUGCCGUCAGCAGUUGGUGCUGGUGGUGGUGGUCCUGGUUACGGUAACCAGGGGCCUCCGUCGUUUGGUGGCGGUAGUGGUGGCGGCGGAUAUGGUGGCGGAGGGUAUAACAGUGGUGGGUAUGGCAGUGGCUCUCAUUAUGGAGGUGGGGCUGGAUCGGGGGAUUAUCCGGGGGUGAACAGUUACGGGUCUUCUAUGAAUAGAAUGCCCCCGAGCUCAGGCGGAGGGUAUCCUGAUGGUGGGAAUUAUGGUUUGUCUUCCGGUUAUCCGACACAAAUGCACCAGCCUCCACCUCCUGGACCGCGGGGUCCUCCUGGCCCAAUGUAUCAUGGCGGGCCUCCUUACUAUUGAGCCAAAUGCAAGUUAGGACAUGAAACCUUUGACCGAAUAAGGGGUUGGAGAUGGUGUUUUGGGCGUGAUCAAUUGGUGAAGAAACUUGGUCUUACACAGAACCAUUUGUGGGGGUUAGCUGUAGACAUCUGGUGGGUUGGGUGCAGGAUUGUUUGUUAAAAGUUUGUUAUCUUAGUCUUUUGAGUCGGUGGAUGUGGUUUAAGACAAGAUCGGUUGUUCAAAGCCGAGUUAUCUGUACAAGUAUAGUUCAUGAGUCGUUUAGCCAGGGCAUGUGAAGUUAUCUGUUGUAAAUUAUUAAACUUGGAAGACAAUGGUUUCAUCAGAUGUUUGUUGAUAACGAUUUUCUUUUA